UCCUCCUCCUCCUCCCCGCCUCAAUACAAGAUGGCGGCCCCUGCAGCAGGUUCAGGCCCGGGCGGCUCCUCCGGUGUUACUCCCGGGGCCCCAGGCAGCUCCGCCACUGUCGUGGCCCCUAGUACCAGCAGCAGCAGCAGCAGCGUGAACCCCUUUCUGAGCGACUCGGAGGAAGAAGCAGAGGAAGAGGAGGAUGAAGACGAGGAAGAUGUGUCUCCGCUGCACGCCCGCCCCGUCCCUUCCCUUGCUGUGCGGUAUUUGCCGGACGACAGCGAGCCCGCCCUCCUGCAGCCCGGCGGGCCACGGCUGACCGUCCCUUCGGGGGAGCCCGGGCGGGUACCACUGGACGCGGUGGCGGCGCAGCUGCUGCGGGAUCAGCUGCUGCUCACCGCUUUGGAGCUGCACAGCGAGCUGCUGGAGACCGGCAGGGAGCUGCCCCGGCUCCGGGACUAUUUCUCCAAUCCCGGGAAUUUCGAGAGACCGACGGCGGGGGCUCCGACAGCAGCGGGCAUCAGUAACCCCAGCAGUGCCGGCGGCCAGCUGAAUCGAGCGGGUAGCAUUAGCACUCUGGAUUCGCUGGACUUUGCACGGUACUCUGACGAUGGAAAUAGGGAGACCGAUGAGCGGGUGGCAGUCCUGGAGUUUGAGCUACGGAAAGCCAAGGAGACCAUUCAGGCCCUCAGGGUCAACCUUACACUGGCUUCAGAAAAUGAAGUUCCUUUGCAGGAAUGCAAGAAUUAUAAAUCAAGUCCUGAAAUUCAGGAGCCUAUAAAACCUCUUGAAAAAAAAGCACUAAACUUCCUUGUCAAUGAAUAUUUAUUGAAAAAUAACAACAAACUCACUUCUAUAACCUUUUCUGAUGAGAAUGAUGAGCAGGACUUUGAACUGUGGGAUGAUGUAGGGUUAAACACCCCAAAGCCUCCAGACUUGUUGCAGCUUUACAGAAACUUUGGCAGCCACCAAACUGUAGUGAAAGACACAGCGGAUGCUGAAGUAAGUGUAGAGGAGGACGAUCUGGAGCCCCUUCUGAGAGCCGAGCGGCCUGCUGUGGAGCCAGUAGUUGUACAGUCAUCUGCAUUAGUGCAAGAAUUAGAAGAUAGAAUCAGGCAAUGUAACGAUGAGAAAGACGUUUUGCUGGAUCAAAUUAGUAUCCUCCAGAGGGAAAUAGAAACGUUCCGAACCAGCUCUUUGGCAGAAGUUAUUCCUGAAUCCCAGGAGGUUCCUCCUCCCAGACUCCAGAACCAGACUUCAGAAGAAAGCGACCAUUACCUAGAUAUCCGAACAAAAGACAGUGACACUAAAUGGGAAAAAGCUGCCGAAAGCCAGGCCGUAGAGCACACUGAAACAGACUUCCAGCUGUCACAAGAUAUCCCUCCCAGUCCUGACUUGUCAAAAAUUAGCAAGAAGACCGUGCUAUGUACACUUCCCCUCAAAGAUGGUGUCCAGUUUGAUCAGCCUAAUCGAAAACUGUCUCCGGCCUUUCUUCAAGCGCUGCUUUCUUUUUGCCGCAUGUCCGCUGACAGUCGUCUAGGAUCAGAGGUGUCCAGGAUUGCUGACAGCGAGAACGGAGUCAUGCUGAUGCUGGGACGGUGCUUGCCUCAUAUUGUCCCAAACGUGCUCCUUGCAAAAAGAGAGGAAUUGAUUCCAUUGAUACUGUGCACCGCCUGCCUCCACCCAGAGCCUAAAGAAAGAGACCAGCUCCUGCAUAUUCUGUUUAAUUUAAUAAAGCGUCCAGAUGAUGAGCAAAGGCAAAUGAUUUUAACUGGAUGUGUGGCUUUUGCUCGCCAUGUUGGGCCGACUCGCGUAGAAGCAGAACUUUUGCCACAGUGUUGGGAACAAAUCAAUCACAAGUACCCUGAAAGAAGGCUCCUUGUGGCAGAAUCAUGUGGCGAUCUGGCACCGUACCUCCCUAAAGAGAUAAGAAGCUCUCUGGUGCUGUCAAUGUUGCAACAGAUGUUACUGGAAGACAAGGCUGAUAUGGUGCGGGAAGCGGUCAUUAAAAGUCUUGGCAUAAUUAUGGGAUACAUUGAUGAUCCAGACAAGUAUCAGCAGGGUUUUGAACUCUUACUGACCGCAUUAGGGGACCCCUCAGAAAGAGUAGUGAGUGCCACUCACCAGGUGUUUUUACCAGCCUAUGCUGCAUGGACAAUGGAACUUGGAAAUCUCCAAUCCCAUCUAAUUCCCACCCUUCUUAGCAAAAUUGAAAAGCUACUCAGGGAAGGAGAGCACGGGCUGGAUGAACACAAGCUGCACAUGUAUCUCUCUGCGCUGCAAUCCCUUAUCCCCUCACUCUUUGCCACUGUUUUACUGAAUGCACCAUUUACCAGUAAAGCCAAGCUUCAGGGAGAAAUACUGCAGAUAGAAGUGACUCGCUUUCCACGCCCUAUAUCGCCUCUUCAGGAUGUAGCGACCAUCAUUGGCAGCCGUGAGCAGCUGGCUGCGCUACUUCAGCUUUAUGACUACCAGCUGGAACAUGAGGGAACCACUGGCUGGGAAAGUUUACUUUGGGUUGUUAAUCAACUAUUACCACAACUGAUUGAGACACUGGGUCGCAUCAAUGUUGCAUCAACAGCUUGCGUUCAUGAGUUUUCAAGAUAUUUCUGGAGGUUGUGCAGAACGUUUGGCAAGAUUUUCACUAACACCAAGGUAAAGCCACAGUUCCAGGAAAUUUUGAGGCUGUCUGAGGAAAAUAUUGAUUCCACAGCAGGUAAUGGUGUCCUCACAAAGGCUACUGUCCCUAUCUAUGCUACAGGGGUACUAACCUGUUACAAUCAGGAAGAAGACCGCAAGCUGCUUGUUGGUUUCCUUGAAGAUGUAAUGACAAUGCUCUCAUUAUCUCAUGCGCCUCUAGAUAGUCUGAAAGCCUCCUUCGUGGAACUUGGGACAAAUCCAGCAUACCAUGAGCUGCUGUUGACUGUGCUUUGGUAUGGGGUUGUCCACACGUCAGCACUUGUACGGUGUACCGCAGCCAGAAUGUUUGAGCUUUUGGUGAAGGGGGUGAAUGAGACUUUGGUAGCUCAGAGAGUUGUCCCUGCUCUCAUCACUCUGUCCAGCGAUCCAGAAAUUUCUGUGAGAAUUGCUACCAUCCCAGCAUUUGGUACCAUCAUGGAGACUGUUACCCAGAGGGAGUUACUAGAGAGGGUGAAAAUGCAGUUGGCGUCAUUCCUGGAAGACCCUCAAUAUCAAGAUCAGCACUCCCUGCAGAUCGAAAUAAUCAGGACGUUCGGGAGAGUUGGACCAAAUGCGGAGCCUAGGUUCAGAGAUGAAUUUGUUCUUCCGCAUCUGCACAAACUAGCUUUGGUCAAUAAUCAGCAGUCUGUGGAUUCUAAAAGACUGGACAUCGCCACGUAUCUGUUUGAAGCGUACAGUGCUCUCUCCUGCUGCUUUAUAUCAGAAGAGUUGAUGGUAAAUCACUUUCUACCGGGUCUCAGGUGUCUGCGUGUUGACAUGGAACAUCUGUCCCCUGAACAUGAGGUUAUUUUAAGCUCCAUGAUAAAAGAAUGUGAGCAGAAGGUGGAAAACAAGACUGUCCAGGAACCUCAAGGUUCCAUGUCGAUAGCUGCAAGCCUUGUGAGCGAAGAUACAAAGACCAAGUUUUUGAACAAAAUGGGUCAGCUGACAACAUCCGGCGCAAUGUUGGCAAACGUGUUUCAGCGGAAGAAGUAAAAGGCUUCCUGCUAACCAAUAAAACACUAAAGAUGGACCACUUGCUCCCUGUACUUGAAGUACUUGCCUUUUUAUUUUAUUUUUCUCCUGUCUUACGUACUUGUAAUAUAUUUUAUUGAAAACUCCAAAGAUAUUUGCACUUCAUUAGUAUAUCAGCAUGUCUGUUGAUUUGGGAGUUACGACUGUCGAUGAAGUUUAAGCAGGAUCUUUAGCCUAUACCAUGUCUCCGUUCUGUGUUUUGUCUAUUUUUUUUAUACAUAAGAAAAAAUAUAUAUAUAUAUAGUGAAAAAGUAUUUUUUCUGAAAGGAAUAUUGGCGAUUCUGUUAUAUACUGCACACACUGCAAUGGUACGUAAAUAAUGUAAAUGAAAUUCAUUGUCAUGAAGUAAUAAAGUGAGAGAUUGAUAUGUAUUUAAAUGAUGGGUAUACCGGUCAGUUUAUUGUAUUACGAGAAGAGCCAGCGUUACCUUGUGCCUUUUUGGAUUCAUUCUCAAUGAGACCAUGGUAGGAGAAGAAUAACAGACUCACACUCAUCGCUGAGGCUUUUCUACGAUUCAUUCUCGCAUUUAUUUUUUUUCUUAGCCCUUGUCUUUCACUCUUUUAGGAGUGGAGUGAUACUACUGUGUCAUUGUAGAUUAGAAGCUUGACGAGUCUUAGAGAUUUUAAUGGGAACAAGACACUGUAAAUACUAAUUUAAUGUCCUCUUAAAAAAACACUUCAAUAUUAAAAAACUGUUGAUCACGGA